AUGGUUGAUACUCUUCUCGGGAUUCUUAUUUUCAUACCAACAUUCAACAAAACGUUUUGGCCAAGGCCUCCACAGUUAAACCUGCUACAAGCGUAUCUUACUGUUUCAGUCAGUAAAGUUGAAGCACUGUAUGAGUUAUUUCAAAACCUAAGCUGUUCAAUCAUUGAUGAGGCUGAAGAAGAGCUUCAGCUAGCGCUUUUCCAAGUUCCAGAUGGCGAGAACCUCUUUCUUCAUAGGGUUUCUGAUUUUUUCGAUGAAAAGAAGAAUGGGCUUAUAGAGUUUGAAGAGUUUAUCCAUGCCUUGAGUGUGUUUCAUCCCUAUGAACCAAUCGAAGAGAAGAUUGACUUUCCGUUUAGGCUCUAUGAUCUAAGACAAACCGGAUUUAUUGAGUGA